AAUGUGGAGAAGGGAAGAGCCCUGGAUAAGUGGCCUCUUCAGCUUUGACUGUCUGUCUGACCCCUGGCUAUAUUCAACAGCUGAUAACAAUCUCUUGCUCUUUCAGUGUCACAAAUGAAUGCGCAGGUUUCCCUAGUUCAGCAAAGCCAAAAUUAAAACCAUAGCAAGCCACAUAGAAACACCUAGCUCAGCAACGAAAGCCUUUGCCAGUUCAUUUUCUCCUGAAAAAAAAAACAAGAAGAGUCAGAAAACCCCAGGAGCUGUUUUUUUUUUUAUUUCUGGAAUGUGAAGUAAGGUUAACCAGAUCUACCCUUCACUAUGGAGACGAAUCUCUGAUUACAAAAAAUUUCAGUGCAUUUAAUAAUAUUAUGCAGCUUUUCCAUCUGCGCUAUGAAACCUGUGUGGAAAUUCGUUCCAAUUUCAAACGGGGGCUGCAGCCGGUUCCAUCUGCAGUCACAAAACCCGCCUCUCGAGUCCUUCGCAUUGGACGCUCAUUAGGUAACUUCAAAUAUCAGUUUGAGUUGGAAAGAUGCAGUCCUAAAUGGUCCCAGUUGAAACCUCUCUACUGCUGAAGGAGACAAACAAGUUCUAAAUUCAGAUCGCUUUCAAAUCAAUCCAAGUGGCAGAUGGAAACGUGCGGCUUGUUACAGCGUCUGUGUUGGAUCUCACCUGCUGAUUAGCGGGCCAGUGUUGCCCGUUUCACCCGGCUCAGAACGCUUGCUGAAGUCUUGCUACCCUCGAUCAUUCUUGACUGGUUAUUUCACUAACCGCGGCUGCUUGUUGCCUGUGCUGUGGCUCCGGUUUGUGUUGGAUUGCAGUGUGACGUUGACCCAGGCAGCUGUUGUCAUGAAUGCUUAUUCAUCUUCAUAGCUACCAAACAGCCACCCCCCUGGGACAGUGUCAGGUUAUUUGAUAUUUUAUUUUUAACCGUGCUCAUGUGGUCAAAUAUAUGACAAUAGUCCUAGGCUAAUAGUGACAGAGCAAGGCGUGUGGCAUACUAAAAUUAAAAUCACAAAGGAAAGAUGAGCAAAAUAAUUGACAGUCAUAUCAAAUCCAGCUCGGUUAGUUUAUGAUCUCUUAUUGCAGUGCAGUCCCCGGCUGAUCACUGUGCUGACACAGUGGACGAUGGCAGAAGGCACCUGGAAAUCUCGAUGCCUCUCAGUGUUCGACUACAAAACUGAAAAAUAUGUCAUUGCCCAAAACAAGAAAGUGGGAGUUUUGUUCAGCUGGCUGUUUUGGGGUACAUUAUCGGGUGGGUUUUCAUUAUAAAGAAGGGCUACCAGUAUACUGAAGACUCAAUACAGAGCUCAGUGAUGACUAAAUUGAAAGGAGUGACUUUAACCAACACUUCAGCUAAUGGACCUCGAUUGUGGGAUGCGGUCGACUAUGUUUUUCCUCCGCAGGGUGGCAGUGUCUUCUUUGUCAUAACAAACCUGAUUCAAACUCCAGAUCAGAAACUUGGCCAUUGUCCUGAGAGUUCGAAGGUACCAGAUGGCAGGUGUAGAACAGACGAUGACUGCAACCCUCAAGAGGCUGUAGUAGCUGGCAAUGGAAUCAAAACAGGCCACUGCAUACAUGAAACAGGCACCUGUGAGAUAUAUGCAUGGUGUCCUAUUGAAAAACCCAGUCCUCCAAUACAUCCCAUUUUAGGUCAAGCGGAAAACUUUACUGUGUACAUAAAGAACUCUGUGAAGUUCUCAAAAUUCUCUUUUUCCAGGUCUAAUGUCAAGGACACAGGUGUUUAUUUGAAGAAUUGUACCUAUGAUGAAAGCAAUCACCCCUACUGCCCUGUGUUCCGAUUAGGAGACAUCGUCAGCCGGGCGGGUCAUGACUUUCAGGAAAUGGCGAUUAAGGGUGGGGUGAUAGGCAUCCUUAUCGAGUGGAACUGCGACCUCGACAGAUCUUAUUCCAAAUGCAUUCCCAAGUACUCCUUCACACGGCUAGAUGACAACUCUAACAACACAUCAGGGUAUAACUUCAGAUUCGCCAAGUAUUAUAAAAACAUAUCUGGAGAAGAGUACCGAACACUGACAAAAGUAUUUGGAAUCCGAUUUGAUGUCAUGGUGAAUGGGAAGGCAGGAAAGUUUAACAUCAUCCCAACAGUAAUUAAUAUUGGCUCAGGCUUGGCAUUAUUGGGUGCUGGUGUGUUCUUCUGUGAUCUGGUGUUGCUGUACAUGAUGAAAAAGAGCACAGUCUACAGAGCAAGGAAAUUCGAAUCAGUCAAGAAGGUAAAGAAAAAUGAAACUGGAAAAGGGGAUGGAAAACAGAUCGUAGAAACCCAGAAAUUAACAGACGUCCCAGCAGAGACUUAGAAGAAGAACUCAAAGUGUGCAACGCAGACUGCUAGACCGUAUAUAAAAGAAAGCUGACCAGACCCUGGUGAUGAUCAACAAAGCGGUAGUCUGAAAAUGGAGGGAGCUCAGCAUAUCAGGCUGCAAGAUCUCUGAUUUAUAGCCAGCUGAAAGGUGCUAUGAGGAGAUAACAAUUUGGGUUUGCCGUUAUCUGUUCCAAGCUACUGCAAAACUGGACAGAAGAGUCACCUUCAAACUAGUGAAAUAAAUAACUACUAAAAACAUACUACGAACUCCUAAUCAAAUGGGACUCCCAGGGUGCUGUACUAAUUAUUUUAACACUUAACAUACUAUGAAGACAAAUUAAAACUGCACUCCAUGCUUUUGCAAGUAAAUGCAUGCACAAAUUGAUCUGAAUUCAUUUGAUGCAAAUAUCUUGCCACUAGUCAUGUUGUAACAAUGCACUCAAUGAUUUUAAAACCUUGCAUAUAGCAACCUACACAAGUCAUUCAGUUAUAAGAAAUUAGUAGCUUCUAAAAAAAAUGGUAAUUCUAUCUUUUUUAUGAAUGUUUCCAAACACGUUCAGGCUAUACUGGUAGCUUUGUGCCAUUUAAUUAAGAUGCUUGCACUGUUUGGUACUGUAUAUCCUAUACACAUAAUGUAGCAAAUAAGAAAAACUCAUAACAUUAUUUAUUCAGACUUCUUAAAAGCAGGGUGCUUCAAAACAACUAAAGUAGGUUUUGAAAUGAUCAUACAUUUCUUAAAGUCCCCUGGGCCGGUUUUUCAAAACUCGUAAUCUGGAUAAAUGUAAUCCAGCAGUGACAUUUUCUGAAAAAACAGAUCAAAAAACGAUCCAGAUAAAAGUAAUCUCGAUCACAAAAUAUAGGAUUACAAAAUCCGGAUCACCAUUAUCCAGAUUACAAAUUUUGACAAACCAGCCUCCGGAGAUGGCAGAUUCAACACAGAUGCUUUUUGGAAUCUGAAUAGUCAUUGCUUCUAUAUUCAGCAGGUACUGAAGGAGAUGCUUGUAUCAUACAGUUGUUACUGUUUAGCUUUUGCCGUUGAUUGAUAGGAGGCUUUCAAAGCAAUGGUUUUGUAUUAAUAAUCAACUAUAGUUGUAUGAUAGCCUUUGUCUUGCUAUUCUAGCAGAAUGCAGUAAGUACCAAAAUGCAAUCAGGCUGAUUGCUUUAAAAAAAAUUAAAAAGUGAAUGUAUUAAUAUUUGUAUUAUUAUUUUAGAAGUCUUAUUAUAACUGUGACACAAAUUUGUUCAAGAGUAUUUUCUACCUAGGUGCUUUUUAAGACUUGGAACUGUUUGUUGUAUUUUGUAUUCACCUUUAUAAAUAUAAUUGUCAUGUGUU